CAGGGAGUUUGUUUGUGAACCCAGGGGAGAGCAGGCGACCCCGGGCUCGAGGGAGAGAGGGCGCUCAGCUGUUGCCCUUUCCAGGGCAGCGGCCCCGGCUCCAGCUGGAAGGGGGCAGGAGUGCGCGAGAGAAGAAAGCAGCGGGCACCUGGCCUUGGCAGCCGGGGAGCCAGGAGCGGGCCAGCGGCUAUGGCUGACAGCGGCGGCCCCGGCGGCGGUGGCGGCGGCAGCUCGGGUCCCUGGUGGAGAUCGCUCACCAGCGGCAGCAGCAGCAGCAAGAAGAAAGGCAAGGACAGCGGUGGGGGCGGGAGCGGAGGGACUGCGCAGCCUCCUCCCCCUCCCGCGCCGCAGCCGGGCCCCAGGGAGCCCUCUCCGCCCAGCCCCGACCUCCAGCACCCCGGCCUCCCCGGCACGGCCGAGCCGCCCAGGCUCGAUCGCUCGGGCGGGGAGAAAUCGGGCGGCAGCCGCCGCAACCUGAAGAUCUCCCGCUCCGGCAGGUUCAAGGAGAAAAGGAAGGUGCGGGCCACCCUGCUCCCCGACGGGCCCCAGGAGGACUUGGCCUUCCCCUGCCCCCCUCGCGACGAGAGGCAGUAGCCCGGCGCUGCCCUGCAGACUCCUGAUCGUGGGGGAGACCCGAGGCGCAGCGGGGCCGGAGCGCCACCAGCGCGCCCCCAGCCCGCCCCCAAUCUGGACUCAGAUCCGUGUCAUGCCCAGCGAGCCUUCCUUACCGUGGGCGUGGAAGGGA